AUGGCUCGUCGAACACCAUAUUCUCGACCUCAGGCUCCCAGCAUUGGCUUCAGGGGCUCUAUGGGCUCCACCUAUGUUCAACCCUCGCGCUUGUCUGCCACCGUCCACCGAAAAUCAAUGCCGAACUCUUCACAAGCGACAUUUACGGCGCAGAAUCCACCAAUAACGCAAAGCUCAGAGGAGACGGAAUCUCCGUCCGACCAGUCUACGGCAGCGUCUACUACCCAGCACCGUCCAGGCAAUUGCAAGAAAACCAAAGAGAAAAAGAAAAAGAGACGACGGAAGCUGGCGCAACAGCGUCAGGUAGAGCAUACGCAGCUUCAACUUGAGAAUCAGGACCUGCGUGAGCAAUUAAGGCAGCAGGGGCAAUCUCGCCGACGUGACAAGGAGAGCAUGCAAAAGUUCUUACACGACUGUCAUGCUGAGGCUGCUACUAUUAUUAAAGCAGUGAACAUUCUGCUCCCCGGUUGCGCAGCACAUCCCAGAAGUGUACCAAAACCUGUAAGGUACGAGCAUCAAUUCGCGCAUGGCGGAUGA